AUGACUAAUCAAUUUGACAUUGAAUCCAGUCACAAAUCAUCAUCAAGGAAGAAGAAAAUCAUUAUUGCAGUGAUUGCAAUAUUGAUGGUUGCUCUUUUAAUUUUAGAUAAAGAUGAACAUCACAUUGCAAGUAAGCCACUGAACAUCAUUUUUAUGAUUGGUGAUGGUUUUGGACCGGCAGCGGCCGUCAUGGCAAGAGCUGCCAUGAAACAACGUACCAAUGGUAACAUAACCUCGUUGAACUUGGAUAAAUAUCUGGUUGGAACAGUCCGAACCUAUUCCUCAAGUUCAAUGGUAACCGACUCUGCUGCCGGAGCCACUGCCUACGCCACCGGUCACAAAUCAUACAAUGGCGCUAUCAGUGUCGACCCGAUUAAAAUGAAACCUUUGGGAACUCUAUUUGAAGCCGCUCAGGUCAAGGGAAUCAGAACCGGUGUUGCAGUUACCACUCGUAUCUCCGAUGCCACUCCGGCCUGUUUCUUUGCACACGCCACCAGUAGAAAAUCAGAGGACUUUAUUAUCAGCCAGCUACUCGAGAAAAACCUUACUGUUGCUCUUGGUGGUGGUGCUCUCUAUUUCAACAAGACCGUCUUUGAGAAUGCUGCCAACGCAAAUAAUAACUACAAGGUUGUUCGUGACCGUGAAGCCAUGUUGAACGUCACUGAGGGAAAGAUUCUUGGUGUGUUCGUCGACUAUGAUAUGCCAUAUGAAAUCGAUCGUAUCAAUCAGAAGAUCGAUGUUCCAACCUUGAAUGAAAUGACUGUCAAAUCGUUGGAGUUGAUCAACCAGAACAACGAAAACGGAUUCCUCUUGAUGGUCGAAGGAUCGCAAAUCGAUAUUGCCGCUCACUCGAACGAUGCCGCCGGCCAAAUCUGGGAGACCUUCCAAUUUGACCAGGCAUUCCAAACCGUUAUUGAUUUCGCCAAGAAGGAUGGAAACACUUUGGUAAUUGUGACUGCCGAUCACGAAACCGGUGGUAUCACUCUUGGAAUGCAACCAGAUCCAAAAGAGUAUCCACAGUACGAGUGGCAUCCAGAGACACUCUUGAAGCUGAACGCGUCCGCUCAUUACAUGGCGACUCAACUUUUCAACACAACUCUAUUCCCAACUAUCGAUGCAACCAUCAUUACCAACUAUGUCAAUGCACAUGCUGAUGGACUCAACAUUACUUUCACCAGUGACGAGAUGAAUCUUCUCAUGUUUUUCGCCACACCUAGAAACGACGAAAAAGUUUGGAAUUUCGAACAAUUUCUCGGACAAUACAUUAGCAGACGUGCCUGGGUCGGAUUCACAACCGGUGGACACACUGGUGUCGAUGUCAAUCUCUACUACUACUACAGUGGUGAUGAUGAAGACUUGCAAGAAGAUCACAUCCGUGCCAACGUUGAAAAUAUCGAUGUCGCCAACUUUAUCGCCAAAGCCAUGGAUUUAGAUUUACCUGCCAUGACCGCUAAAUAUGCAAACUUUGUUCCAUCUCCAUAA